AAAUCUCCACCACCAAAUACAAAAGAAUAUUCUACUCCAAAACCCCCCCAGAAAAUGGUUUCCUCCACCAUUAUUAUUCUGUCUACCAUUUGCUUGGUAAGUUUCCUCCUAGCUACUACCAUCUCCAAUGCCCAAAACUCCCCCCAAGAUUUUGUCGAUACGCACAACGACAUCCGAGCAGCGGUAGGUGUCGGCCCAGUCUCCUGGGACGACACUCUAGCUGCCUAUGCUCAGAGUUAUGCUGAUAGUAAGAUCGAUACUUGUGAGAUGGAGCACUCCAAUGGACCCUACGGUGAAAACCUAGCUGAGGGGUAUGACGAGAUGACAGGGGUGGAGGCGGUCAAGUUCUGGGCAACCGAGAAAAAGUUCUACAACCACCAUUUGAAUCGAUGCGUCGGGGACGAGUGUGGGCACUAUACACAAAUAGUGUGGAGGCACACUACAAACAUAGGGUGUGGUAGAGUGAAGUGUGAGAACAAUUGGGUCUUUGUGAUCUGCAACUAUAAUCCUCCUGGCAACUAUAUUGGCCAACAUCCUUACUGAUAAUAUAUUAUAGAAGUUUAUAC